GUGGGGGGGACCGAAGGGAAGGGAAGGGGAGAGGGACAAUCGGCCUUCACCCAGCCUAGACCUGAGUCACCAAGCGAGCCAAAAUUUUGGGGCCAGGGCUUGUUCUCUUCCUCUCGUGCAAGUCCGUAUAUAACCAGCUCGAAGGCUCGCCUUUUCCACCCCGUCAUCCGCCUCACACUCCCGUCCACUCGCCGUCCGUCCACUCGCCGCCGUCGUUUACGCAUCUCUAUAUACCCCUCUGACAACACCAGGGCCGAAGACUUCUCUCCAUCCACAGCGAGUCAAUUGCAGCAAAUAUGUGUGGAAUCUUUGCCUGCCACAAGCACCCCGAAGUGCGGAAGUUCAAGCCUCAAGCUCUGCAGCUGGCAAAGGCCAUCCGUCACCGUGGCCCGGACUGGAGUGGAAACAUCAUCGCCAAUGAUACCAUUUUGACACACGAGCGUCUGUCUAUUGUCGGAAUUGACUCCGGUGCACAACCUUUGGUCAACGAGGCGGGUACCGUUUUCCUUGCCGUCAAUGGCGAGAUCUACAACCACAGGAUACUGCGCAAGAAGCUGAAGGGCACCCCCACUUUCAAGACUAACUCUGACUGCGAAGUCAUCCUGCACUUGUAUGAGGAACAUGACAUCGACACUCCCAAGCUCCUCGACGGAAUGUUCUCCUUUGUCCUCUACGACAAGGAGAAGGACCGCACGAUCGCUGCCCGUGAUCCCAUCGGAAUCACUAGUUUUUACCAGGGCUUCUCGUCCAAGACCCCCGGCGCCGUCUACUUCGCGUCCGAGUUGAAGUGUCUGCACCCGGUGUGCGACAAGAUCAUCUCCUUUCCUCCCGGCCACAUUUACGACUCCGCCACUGGCAAGACGACAAGAUACUUCGAGCCGACGUGGUGGGAGCCUAGCCGCGUCCCCACCAGCCCGGUCGACUACAAGAAGAUCCGCACCACCCUCGAGAAGGCUGUCCGCAAGCGUCUCAUGGCCGAAGUGCCCUACGGUGUCCUCCUCUCCGGCGGUCUCGACUCGAGCUUGAUCGCUUCCAUCGCCGCACGGGAAACGGCCAGGGCCCGCGCCAGCGGCACCCUCGCCACCAACGGAAGUGCUAACGGCCACCUCGGUCUGGCACUCCAGCACGAUCUCGUCGGCAUCGACGACAGCGACGAUGAUCUCACCACCAUCACCGCUCUCCCCGAGCUCCACUCCUUCUCCAUCGGUUUGGUCAACUCCCCCGACACCGUCGCCGCCCGCAAGGUAGCCAAGUACCUCGGCACCGUCCACCACGAGUUCAACUUCACUCUCCAGGAGGGUCUCGACGCUCUGCGCGACGUUAUCUACCAUCUCGAGACCUACGACGUGACCACCAUCCGCGCAUCCACUCCCAUGUACCUCCUCUCGCGGAAGAUCAAGGCUCAGGGCGUAAAGAUGGUUCUCUCGGGCGAAGGCUCCGACGAGGUCUACGGAGGCUACCUCUACUUCGUCAACGCCCCCUCCAAGGAGGACUUCCACGCCGAGACCAUUGACCGCGUCAAGAACCUGCACUUGGCGGACUGCCUUCGCGCCAACAAGUCGACAUCCGCCUGGGGUGUUGAGGCCCGUGUGCCCUUCCUUGACAAGGAGUUCCUCGAGGUCUCCAUGAACAUCGACCCGGAGGAGAAGCUCAUCAAGCGCGAUCAGGGCCGCAUCGAGAAAUACAUUCUCCGCAAGGCCUUUGACACCACUGACGAGCCGGACGUGACCCCCUACCUCCCCGACGAGAUCCUGUGGCGCCAGAAGGAGCAGUUCUCCGAUGGUGUUGGAUACGGAUGGAUCGAUAUCCUCAAGGACACUGCCGCGGCGCAAAUCACAGACGAGCAGAUGGCCCACCCCAAGGCCGAGUGGGGCAGCGACAUCCCGGACACGAAGGAGGCAUACUGGUACCGCUUGAUGUUCGACGAGCAGUUCCCGCAGCAGUGCGCCGAGACGGUGAUGAGGUGGACUCCGAAGUGGUCCAACCAGACGGAUCCGUCUGGCCGUGCCAUCGCCACCCACGUCGCCCGGUACGACGAUGCUGCUACCGUUGCCGCUUAGUUAGAGAGCGCGGGAGAAGAAAAAAGGGUUGGGGAGUUUUUUUUUUUUUUUGGUUGGUUGGUUGGUUGGUGCUGGCUGGUGCUGGUUCGCAGAUUUUGUAUCAAAUUGUACCGUUAUGUAGUAUGGGAUGGGAUAGGGCGGGUUGGAUCGGGUUGGGUCGGGUUGGGGUUUUGUCGAUAUAUGUAUGAAACGUCUGCUAUGUUUGAGGUGGAAAUGGUUGGGGUUUCUUGGUUCAAAUUAGAAGUUUUUGCUCCUGA